GAAAGAAGAGUGAUUGUCAUCUAUUCUUCAAAUCAUGAUUUUUCAAUUUAGAAGACAACAUUUUUUUUUCGUCUGUACUCGAACUACUACAGUGAGCUCAUAAUUCGCAUAGAGACAAUGUAUCAGAGCAUGAGUGUACAGUGCGUGGCUGUCCAAUUUCAGACGGCGUUCCUCGGCACACGAUACACUAGGAAUGUAUUUAUAUAUAGAUAUGUUCGCAUUGGUUUCAUCAUGAAGCACUUAGGGGAACUGAUAAAUUUCUUGUUUGAACAGAGCGAAGUAAUGAAGAUCAUUCUGAGCUUGAGUUGUAUUUUCGUGCGUUGUAACAAGGAUAUAAAUAUGUACUUUUGGUGGUAGAGGAAGUAGUUCUUGUACAACUUCAUUUUUUAUUUCUCGGAUAUUUAUUCACGUUCAGGUUCAGCAACGAACUUCGCCUAUUGCAAUGUUCAUCGCCUGUGCCUGCAUUGAUUUGUGGGAGAUGGAAGGUCGUUGUUCAUGGUGAUUCUGAUGCAUAGACGUUACAUGUUUGGGGAGUUUCGGGAAACAUUAGGGAAGAAUCGAGUUGAGUAAUUGUUCUCAUAAAACUUGCACACCAGUCGAAGUAAUCCAAAAGCAGAAUUAGUAGC